AUGACCAGCAUGGCAUCCUCACCAACCUUCAAAGUGCCCUCUGCGGUCCCUCAAGAUCUGCAGUUCAUUCACAACAUCAUAGGAGACAUCAUCGAGCCAUCUCUGCCCAAACCACUCGCCAUAUCUAGGCAGGUAUCUCGCGACGAUGACACAGAUAGCGUCGCGGAUAUUGACACGGAUAGCGAGCGAGAAGUAGAGGAGAUUAUUCUCAGAGGAGUUGAGGACGACGAAGAUCCUGAUGCUUCCUUACCAUCUGAGUCGACAAUGGGGUUAUCAUCAUCAUCAUCCUCGGAAGCCGAUUCUGACUCUGACUCUGACGAGGAAACCCAGGAGACAUCCGGCAAGACAGCCAAGCUAGAUGAUGCGGAAAUGGGUGAAGAUGAGGACAGCGGUCCUGCCAUCUCAUCUGAGUCCCAGGUCAUGACCAAGAGCGAGGUCACCGAAGCUUCCAUCGUCAUUCCAGACAUAAACGAAGUCGGCCCGGAUGAGGUCCUCGAAAAGGUGGGAGAAGUGAUGAACAUUGUCGGCAAGGUCGUUAUUGUCAAAGGCGAUGCUUCGCAGAUUGCCAACAGGGCAUCUGAGAGAGCGCUUGAUUCUGACACUCUUCUUGUCUUCGAGGAUAGAAAAGUACUGGGAUAUAUCUGUGAAACCUUUGGACCCACCUACCAACCACUUUAUCAAGUGAAGUUCAGUGAUCAAUAUCCCUUGGACUCAGACAAGGUGCAAAUCUCAAAACCGGUUUUCCACGUCCCGGCGCGCAGCAAUUUCGUGUUCGUUAGGGCAUUACAGCGCAUGAAAGGAAGUGAUGCAAGUAACGUCCAUGACGAAGAGCCUGCCGACGAUGAAAUUGAGUUCUCUGACGACGAAGCAGAGCUGGCCCAUAAGCGAGCUCUCGCUCAGAGGCGCGAGCAAUCGCGGACACGAUCUAUUGCUUCCUCGCGGCAUGCCACGCCAAUCCCUUCCCAGAUGCGUGAUCAAGACAUGGCCGACGAGCUCUACGGGACAAAUUUAUAUGAUAACUCAGGGCCUGUCAAUGACAUGGAUAUCGGCGCAGGACCUUCACGUCCAGUCCCUAUGCCUUAUGAUGAUCCAUAUUCUGAUCAUUACGGCGUAGUGGAUUCCCACAAACCACCAGUGCCAUUGUCCUCAAAUGCCCCGCAUGCGCACACAAGCCGUGGCUACACAGAUGGACGUCAUGCUCAAGACCGCAAUCCCAAUGGCGGCAGGGCUUGUAUCGACCGUGGACGCGGGCGAGAACAUAGGAACGGAAGCAGCCAUGGGUUUGGGAGGCGAGACGAUCGUGGCCGUGGUCGAGGUCGUGACCGUGAUCGCAGACGAGGCGACCGUGGUCGAGGGUGGGGUCGUGCCCGCGACGAUCGCGGAAGCGCCUGGGGAGCGGAUGACUGGAGUCGACAACAGUCAUUGCAACCCGAUGAGUAUGAUCCUCGUCAACAGCGGUCCUUAUCGCCGACAUCUCUUGCCAUUGCUCGGGCGACUGGUCAGUUCGCUGACGGAACGGUCAUGGGCUCUAACUUACCGAGUCCCUCGGGCGGCGCGUCUUCCAUGAACGGGACGGGGUGGAACGACUCGCAGUACUCGGACCAGCAGCAGUAUGAUGUCUCAUAUAGCUAUCAGAAUCAGUUCGUGCAGCCUCAUAUCAACCCACGCUUUGCUUCAUCCUUUGCGAUGAACUUUGCCUACUCGCCGACACAAAGUCAUUUCUCCCCGUAUGAUUAUCGCGGCAUGGGCUACAGCAGUGCUACUGAUAGUAGUAGUGGCGAUGGCUGGGCGCAGCAGUGGUUCGCGGGUUCAGAAGGGUCUCCUGCUACAGGGGAGGGAGGAUCAUAG